GCUGACAUGGGCAACCUGAAGAGUGUGGGCCAGGAGCCCGGGCCACCCUGCGGCCUGGGGCUGGGGCUGGGCCUCGGAUUGUGUGGCAAGCAGGGUCCGGCCACUCCUGCCUCAGCCUCAGCCUCAGAGCCCGGGCGGGCACCAGCAUCCCCACCCCCGACCUCACCCGCGCCAGACCACAGCUCCCCGCUAACCCGGCCACCAGAGGGGCCCAGGUUCCCUCGAGUGAAGAACUGGGAAGUGGGCAGCAUUGCCUAUGACACCCUGUGCGCCCAGGCUCAGCAGGAUGGACCCUGCACCCCAAGACGCUGCCUGGGCUCCCUUGUGUUUCCAAGGAAACUACAGAGCUCCUCCCCGCCAGAGCAGCUGCUGGGUCAGGCCAGGGACUUCAUUAACCAGUACUACAGCUCCAUCAAGAGGAGCGGCUCCCAGGCCCAUGAGCAGCGGCUUCAGGAGGUCGAGGCUGAGGUGGCAUCCACAGGCACCUACCAGCUCCGGGAGAGCGAGCUGGUAUUCGGGGCCAAGCAGGCCUGGCGCAACGCUCCCCGCUGUGUAGGCCGGAUCCAGUGGGGAAAGCUGCAGGUGUUUGAUGCCCGGGAUUGUAGGACUGCACAGGAAAUGUUUACCUACAUCUGUAAUCACGUCAAGUAUGCCACCAACCGUGGUAACCUUCGCUCGGCCAUCACGGUGUUCCCCCAGCGCUGCCCAGGCCGAGGAGACUUCCGAAUCUGGAACAGCCAGCUGGUGCGCUACGCGGGGUACAGGCAGCAGGAUGGCUCCGUGAGAGGGGACCCUGCCAACGUGGAGAUCACUGAGCUCUGCAUCCAGCAUGGCUGGACCCCAGGAAAUGGCCGUUUUGAUGUGCUACCCCUGCUGCUCCAGGCUCCUGAUGAGCCCCCAGAACUCUUCACCCUGCCCCCCGAGCUUGUCCUCGAGGUGCCCCUGGAGCACCCCACGCUGGAGUGGUUCGUGGCCCUGGGCCUGCGCUGGUACGCCCUCCCGGCAGUAUCCAACAUGCUUCUGGAAAUUGGGGGCCUGGAGUUCCCCGCGGCCCCGUUCAGCGGCUGGUACAUGAGUACUGAGAUCGGAAUGAGGAACCUGUGUGACCCUCACCGCUACAACAUCUUGGAGGACGUGGCCGUCUGCAUGGACCUGGACACCCGGACAACCUCGUCCCUGUGGAAAGACAAGGCAGCGGUGGAAAUUAACGUGGCUGUGCUGCACAGUUACCAGCUGGCCAAAGUGACCAUUGUGGAUCACCAUGCGGCCACGGCCUCCUUCAUGAAGCACCUGGAGAACGAGCAGAAGGCCAGGGGGGGCUGCCCCGCUGACUGGGCCUGGAUCGUGCCCCCCAUCUCAGGCAGCCUCACUCCUGUCUUCCAUCAAGAGAUGGUCAACUAUUUCCUAUCCCCUGCCUUCCGCUAUCAGCCAGACCCCUGGAAGGGGGGUACAGCCAAGGGUGCCGGCAUCACCAGGAAGAAGACCUUUAAGGAAGUAGCCAAUGCGGUGAAGAUCUCCGCCUCGCUCAUGGGCACGGUGAUGGCGAAGCGCGUGAAGGCGACCAUCUUGUAUGGCUCAGAGACCGGCCGGGCACAGAGUUACGCACAGCAGCUGGGGAGGCUCUUCCGGAAGGCGUUCGACCCCCGGGUCCUGUGCAUGGAUGAGUAUGACGUGGUGUCCCUGGAGCAUGAGACCCUGGUAUUGGUGGUGACCAGCACCUUUGGGAAUGGGGAUCCCCCAGAGAAUGGAGAGAGCUUCGCAGCGGCACUGAUGGAGAUGUCUGGCCCCUACAACAGCUCCCCCCGCCCAGAGCAGCACAAGAGUUACAAAAUCCGCUUCAACAGUGUCUCCUGCUCAGACCCGCUGGUGACCUCUUGGCGGCGCAAGAGGAAGGAAUCCAGUAACACAGACAGUGCGGGGGCCCUGGGGACCCUCAGGUUCUGUGUGUUCGGGCUGGGCUCCCGGGCAUAUCCCCACUUCUGUGCCUUUGCGCGGGCGGUGGACACCAGGCUGGAAGAGCUGGGUGGAGAGCGGCUGCUGCAGCUGGGCCAGGGAGACGAGCUGUGUGGCCAGGAGGAGGCCUUCCGAGGCUGGGCCCAGGCCGCCUUCCAGGCCUCCUGUGAGACCUUCUGUGUGGGAGAAGAUGCCAAGGCUGCCGCCCGGGACAUAUUCAGCCCCAAACGCAGCUGGAAACGCCAGAGAUACCGGCUGAGUACCCAGGCCGAGGGCCUGCAGCUGCUGCCAGGCCUCAUCCAUGUGCACAGGCGGAAGAUGUUCCAGGCUACCAUCCUCUCUGUGGAAAAUCUACAAAGCAGCAAAUCCACCCGAGCCACCAUCCUGGUGCGCCUGGACACUGGAGGACAGGAGGGGCUUCACUACCAGCCUGGAGACCACAUAGGUGUCUGUCCACCCAAUCGACCUGGCCUGGUGGAGGCGCUGCUGAGCCGCGUAGAGGACCCCCCACCACCCACUGAGCCUAUAGCAGUGGAGCAGCUGGAGAAGGGCAGCCCUGGCGGCCCUCCCCCCGGCUGGGUCCGGGACCCGCGGCUGCCCCCGUGCACACUGCGCCAGGCACUCACAUUCUUCCUGGACAUCACGUCCCCACCCAGCCCUCGCCUCCUGCGACUGCUCAGCACCCUGGCUGAAGAACCCAGUGAACAACAGGAGCUAGAGGCCCUCAGCGAGGAUCCCCGGCGCUACGAAGAGUGGAAGUGGUUCCGCUGUCCCACGCUGCUGGAGGUACUGGAGCAGUUCCCGUCAGUGGCGCUGCCUGCUCCCCUGCUCCUCACCCAGCUGCCCCUGCUCCAGCCCCGGUACUACUCUGUCAGCUCAGCACCGAGCACUCAUCCGGGAGAGAUCCACCUGACCGUCGCCGUGCUGGCCUAUAGGACCCAGGAUGGCCUGGGCCCCCUGCACUAUGGAGUCUGCUCCACGUGGCUGAGCCAACUCAAGGCUGGAGACCUCGUGCCCUGCUUCAUCAGGGGGGCUCCCUCCUUCCGGCUGCCACCUGAUCCCAGCUUGCCCUGCAUUCUGGUCGGCCCAGGCACUGGCAUUGCCCCCUUCCGGGGCUUCUGGCAAGAGCGACUACACGACAUUGAAAGCAAAGGAUUACAGCCCGCUCCCAUGACUUUGGUGUUUGGCUGCCGAUGCUCCCAACUCGAUCAUCUCUACCGCGACGAGGUGCGGGACGCCCAGCUGCGCGGGGUGUUUGGCCAGGUCCUCACGGCCUUCUCCAGGGAACCUGGAAGCCCCAAGACCUACGUGCAGGACAUCCUACGGACCGAGCUGGCAGCCGAGGUGCACCGCGUGCUGUGCCUCGAGCGAGGCCACAUGUUUGUCUGUGGUGACGUCACCAUGGCGACCAGCGUGCUGCAGACCGUGCAGCGAAUCCUGGCCACAGAGGGCGACAUGGAGCUUGACGCGGCGGGUGACGUCAUCGGCGUGCUGCGGGAUCAGCAACGCUACCAUGAAGACAUUUUCGGGCUCACGCUGCGCACGCAGGAAGUGACAAGCCGAAUACGCACCCAGAGCUUUUCCUUGCAGGAGAGGCAACUACGGGGUGCGGUGCCCUGGGCAUUCGAUCUCCCGGGCCCAGACAGCCCAGGCUCCUGACAGCCUCAGGCUUCCCACUCAGUUCCCAGAGAAGGGCUUCCACAGUCCUGUCUGCUGACCAGGGCCAGCCACCUCUCUCUACCAUAUAUCUCCCGGUGCCUGUCCCUAGGCUUUGGAGAUUCAGCUUCAUUCCCCUAGAGAGUGACAUGUCUCCUUUCUCCAGGCCCGGUUCCCCCGGCUGGGGGCUGGGGGCUGCUUAAUCGAGAAAUCCCAGCCUACUGCUACCUACUUGGUGUGCUUUAGGUGAACUGUAGAAUCCCUUACUACUGUCAGGAGUAUCUUAACCUUUAAAGCUUAUCUUGAAAUCAUUGAAAUAUUUAUUGUUGAAGAUAUAUGUUUAGGUGCCUAGCCCCACCCCUGUGGAUUACACUCAAAAGAAUAAAAAGAAAGCCAAGUUAUGCGUUUCAACUUGUA